AAAACUAAAUUAUUUCUCCAUCUAUCCAGGUGAAAGACAUUAAUCCAAACAUUUGAGCUGGAUUAUCUUCAGUGAGGAUUGAGGACGCAUUUAAAACAGCUGCUCUCUGAGAAUGUAACCCCUGCACUUCUACUUUGCAAGACUCCAGCAAGUUUAUCGCUCAGUCGAGGAGAUCUGAACUUCCAGGGCGUUCCCCGUUCCUCUCCAUACCCGCUAGACUCUAUAGCAGGGAUGCCUGCCAAAACGCCCAUCUACCUAAAAUCCAACUACAGUAAGAAGGGAAAGAAAUGCCGUCUGAGGGACAUUUUAUCCCCGGAUAUGAUCAGCCCGCCUCUCGGGGACUUUCGACACACUAUCCACAUUGGAAAGGGCGGUGAAUGCGACGCCUUCGGUGACAUGUCAUUCCUGCAAGGAAAGUUUGAGCUUCUACCAGGGAAAGGUGGUCGUACUCGACCUCAAUAUGGCAUCCACGGGGAGUUCACAAGAGCUAAUAGCACCUCAGAUGCAUCUAGCGUCGAAACUCCAUCGCCAGUCUUGAAGAACGCAAUCUCGCUCCCAACCAUCGGGGGCAGCCAAGCACUGACUCUACCUUUGAUUUCCACCACCGUGUUUCCCAUGACCCAGGAUCGCCUGUCUGAGCCAUCUACUCCGCCAACUGGUUCUGAAGAUCUGGAAAUCCUGCAGAUGGAGACUCUGCUUCAAUCCAUCAAUGCCUUGAGGAGUGACCCCAGCCCCGUCCCGGAGGAGGACGAACCUUUGAUUGACCGCACUGAGAUGCCUGAGAAAUCAUUUGCGAAGAAGAAGAUGCACAGCAGUGAAAACAAGCUUGAAACAUUUUUGUCUGUCUUUGUUAAUGGAAGCAGUGAUGCCAAUGGGAACUUUAGCAAUGGUAACAAUGGCGAUUCGGUCUUUGAGUAUGAACAGGAGAUGUUCGGCUUCAAGGGCGACUGGGUGGACAGAGAUAGUGGUGUUGAAGAGGGUCGUCUAUGCGAUUCGGACUUUGAAAUCUCCAAAAGCAAAAGCCACUCACAGGAGUCGCUCACUCAAAUCACAGGAUCCCUUUUCUCUCUUGAACUCGACUUGGGCCCAUCCAUUUUGGAUGAUGUACUCGAUAUCAUGAAUAAGCCGGUGUCUUAGAAAGUGACUUUUACUGAGAGCUAAAAGGGGAUCUAUUUGUCUUGAGCCCAUAAACAUGACAUGGCAAUACUGAGCUGAAGAGGCUGAACUUUCCUUCCCAGAGUAAGUUUUUUGUCUUUAGCUUCGGAGUGUCUUGCUCACCUUGUUUUGCAAAAAUAAUGCAAUUGACACACAGCCGCUGUGCCUUUUAAGUUAAGUUUAAGCAUGCAUUGAUUCUGAUGAUGUACAUGCAAAUCAAACAAGGCUUUUUCUGUGUACUGUUGUUCAUCCACAACAUCAUAUAAAGGUCAGUGUGAUAAUGUGUACAUUUCUGCAAACAUAUACAAUGUUCCCAUCCCAACGUCCUUCACACACAGAUAUAUGUAUACUGACAGUUUCAUUAACCACACUACCAAAUCUUAAAGGCAUAUACCUAGAGCAUAUAUGUUUUUACGU